AUGAACUCUCUCUCCACAAGCGCCUUCGGUCCAGUUGCCUUCUCCCUGGGGUUGCUGCUGGUCAUGGCUUCUGCUUUCCCUUGCCGGACUCCUGCGGGAGAAGAUUCCAAAGAUGAUGCCACCUCCAACACACCACCGGUCACCAUUUCAGACAACACUAUAGAACUCAUGAAGUUCAUCAUUGAGCAGAUCUCUGCUCUGAAAAAGGAGGUGUGUGAAAAAUUUGACAAGUGCGAAAGCAUUAGUGAGGCACUGGCAGGAAACAACAUGAACCUUCCAAAGAUAAGGACGAAUGAUGGAUGCUUCUCUUCUGAAUGCAAUUGGGAGACCUGCCUGACAAGAGUCGUCACUGGUCUUCUGGAGUUUCAAAUAUACCUGGAUUAUGUGGAAGACAACUUUGAAGGAGACAAGGAGAAAGUCAGAGUUGUACAGAGGAGCAUCAAAGCCCUGGUCCUGAUCCUGAAGCAAGUGAAGAAUCCAGUGACCACCCCCAACCCAACCACAAAUGCCAGCCUGCUCUCCAAGUUGCAGCCACAGAGUGAGUGGCUGAGGAACACAAGGAUUAACCUCAUCCUGCAGAACCUGGACAUCUUCAUGCAGUUCAGCCUGAGGGCUAUUCGCAACAUGAAAUCUGGAGAUUCAAGUUCGUUGUAG